AUUGAUCUCAUACCCUGUAAGCCUAAAGAGAUGCAUAUUUGCUCGAUGGUAUUGUUUCAUAGCAGGACUCCAAGGAAAACAAUUACGAGAGACAACUUUUUAUAAUACAAUAAAGUUAUACGAAAAUGGCUGAAGAGAGCAAAAAAAUUUCUUUCGGUUUUGCAAAGUCUGUAAAAAAGCCAAUUUUAGACAAACAAAAGUUACAUCAAGACAAAAAAGUAGAUUAUAUCGAAUGUCUAGAUGAUAAAGCGAUUAAAGUGAUUGGGAAGGAAGAGAAAAAAGAAGAACCUCUUAUUAUUCCAUUAUUGGAAUCUAAUACCUGGCACGAUAGAAUCGUUAAUAAAAUAGAUGCUUUAAAGUCAAAAACAAGUAAUGACGAUAGGCAAAGAAAAGUUAAAAUCAAGGAAGAAUCAGACCAAGUAUCCAAUGGUGAUUUAACAUUGAUUAAUAGGAUUGUUUCUUCCUCUAAUGUGCAAAUAAAAACAGAUUUGCCUGUUGAAAGUAAAAUUCUUACUUUGGAUGAGCAAGCAGUUAAAGAAAUUAUAGAAGAUCUCAAUGUAACAGAAAAAAAUAAAGAUGAUUUGUAUGAUAUAACGUUAUCUUUAGUUAAAAGAGAGAAUUUAGAAGGUGCAGAAGAAAGUACAUUAGAAGAUUACGAGAAGGUUCCGCUAAAUAUUUUUGGUUCAGCUAUGUUACGAGGUAUGGGAUGGAAACCUGGUGAAGGAAUUGGUAAAAAUCCAAGGCUUGUAACACCUAUUGUACCUGAAUUAAGGCCCAUAGGAAUGGGACUUGGUGCAGACAAAGCAGCAUUGCAAAAACAGGAUGGGAAAACUCAAAAAGAGGGAAAAGAGUUACAGAAAGGAAUACAAAAAGGAAGUUUUAUAAAAAUUAUUGCUGCCAAGCGGUCCAAUGCAUAUGGCCAAAUAGAAGGUUUUGAUAAUGCAGGAAGAUUAAUCGUUAAAAUGGCACUAAACGGACAUACCAUCUCUGUGAACGAAUGCAUAGUUCAAGUAGUAACAAAGGCGGAAUACUCACAAAAUUCUAAAGUUCUCACUUUACGUCUGGCGUUGGUGCAGCUAUCCGUUGGUGAUGAUAAAGCAACGAACGUCUCGCGAGCCGUUUCUUUUAUCGAGCGCGCAAAACAGGAGCGAGCCGACAUCGUGACACUACCUGAAUGUUUCAAUUCGCCAUAUGGAACUUCUCACUUUGCUCGAUAUGCUGAGAGUAUUCCGGACGGCGAGACGAGCGUGGCGUUAUCCGAGGCGGCAAGAAAGAACAAUGUUUACGUGAUCGGUGGUACAAUACCAGAGAGAAACAACGACAAAUUAUACAAUACUUGUACGGUAUGGGGACCAGAUGGGAAACUCGUAGCUAUGCACAGGAAGAUGCAUUUAUUCGACAUCGAUAUUAAAGGGAAAAUUACUUUUCGCGAAAGUGACUCCCUAUCCGCCGGCAAUUUUCUUACCAUCUUUGAAGCAAAAGGUUGUAAAAUUGGUAUUGGCAUUUGUUAUGAUAUCAGAUUCGAAGAAAUGGCGCGAUUAUACAGAAACAAAGGUUGUCAGAUGCUGGUAUAUCCAGCGGCAUUCAACAUGACCACUGGCCCGCUGCAUUGGUCACUGCUACAGCGUUCCAGAGCAAACGACAAUCAAUUAUAUGUAGCCUGUGUAUCGCCGGCACGUACCUCGCCGCCUGGAUAUAUUGCUUGGGGGCAUACUCAGUUAACUAAUCCUUGGGGAGAAAUACUCGACGAGCUGGAUGCCGUCGAGGAUAUGAUAGUCUCUGAUAUAGAUUUGAAAAUUGUGGAUGAAGUCAGAGAGCAAAUUCCAAUCUUUAAUCAGCGUCGUACAGACUUAUAUGACACUGUUUUGAAAAAGAAAAAUUAGGAAGACAUAACGAUGAUGAUAAUAAUGCAUAUGUAUGUCAUUAAGCAAUUUCGUAUCAUUAUAGAUUAUCCUAAUAACAAUAU